GCCGACUACCGCACCUCCGUAGAUGAGGAGAGAAUGAGUGCCGACGCGGGAGCACAUAAUUCUGGUGAGGACGAGGCGACAUCUAGCUCACCUCUGAGGGGGGAUGAGGCAUCCUCGUCUGCCCACAUUCCUUGUCCUCCGCCGAUAUCGUCAGUAGCGGGGGAAGGCCCCUCGGCUCCUAAGACGAAAAAACCGUACCGGCGGAAGCAGCGUAAGGGAGUACCGCAGGGGUUUUCACAGUUAGAUCUCAGCAACUUGUACAUUAUUCGGCCGGAGGGGACCCUCGGCGAUUAUCAUGUUGCGCAGCUGUACGUUGGUCCCUACGGCCGUGUCAGAGCCCCCUUGCCGUCGGAUCAUGUUCUAAACCCGCCUUUGGGCUAUUUUGGUGUCUACCCGAUGAGUUUUGCCAAGGGUCUGAGGUUCCCUCUUCAUCCCUUCAUCAAGGAGUAUCUUGAGAUGGUGGAGCUCCCUCCGGCCCUAUUGACUCCCAACAGCUUUUCGCUCAUCAUCGGCUUCUUAAUCCGGUGCAAAGAGUUGGAGAUUUCGCCGACGACUGCCCUGUUCAUGAAUUUGUUCCGGAUAGGCCGAGGGAGCCAUCAAAAUUGUGCCGGCUACGCAACCCUGCAGCAGAUUAGCGGGAGGAGGUCGUUUACGGAUCUCCCUACGUCCAUUCAUGGCUGGAAGGCCAAGUUCGUGUUCGUCACCUUGGGUCAGGGUGGCUUCUUUCCUUCCAAUGGUCACAGCGGCCUCUUUGAGUUGCAUACCCCCCCUUGGAGUGCUGAAAUAAGCAAUCAGAUAGAGGCCUUUAUUAAGGGGGGGCCGAGGAGCAUCAAGACGUACGUUACGGAGUACAGGAUGGCUGCCCUCGGCUUCGUGCGAUAUUAUUGUCCCGGUGAUGUGGACGAUGACCUCUGGCCAAGGAUCGAGGGGUCUUAUGAGCAAGCCGACGGUCCCUCACUCGGCGUCCCUGCCGAAGCCGAAGGUUGUCCUUCGUCUGCUUUUCCUUCGUAAUGUGUUUAGUUAUUUGCCUUACUGAUGUUUGCUUUGUUCUGUGCAGGUUUUGUCAUGGACCGCGUAUCUUUCAUGGCUCGAGCUGCCAAGAAGGCCGAUGCGGAGCUCAAGGCCGCCCGGGCCGCCGAGAAAGCGAAGGCCGCUGCCGGUAGUUCCCAAGGAGGGGGUGAGGCCGUCAAGAAGGCUGCUCCCAAGAAGAAAAGAGGGGCUGAUGAAGGUCAGAAGACUCUGGCCGAGGCGGGUCUGAAACCACAGGCCCCAAAGAAGACGAAGAGGGUUCCAACUGCUGAUGAGGCCGGCGCUCCCUCUCUUCAGGCUGUUGUGGAUGUUCAGCCGCCGGUGCUCCCUCCUGUGAAUGAUCUGCCCUCUUCGGCCGUGGUGGCCUCGGCUUCUCGCGCGCUCCCCUCUACGGCUGCUGCUGCCCGUCUAGAGGAGGCCCUUGCCAAGGGGACGUACGAGGUGACGGUGCGUUAUCCUGUGAAGGGCGGUCUUUUUAACGAGACCGUCAGUGGCGACGAUGUGCUUGCUCAGGCUAUGCCUGAGUAUGACCGGCAGUACCUCAGCCGGCAAGGCAAGCAUGUCCAUUUGUACGAUGGGGGUUUGGACUAUGUCGUCCAGGGUGCCCUUAUGCUGAGGGAGCAGCAUUGGAGGCAGGAAGCCGAGAUAGAGCGGCUGAAGAAGAUGGAGGUCAAGGCUGCUUCAGCCGAUGAGGCCCUUCAAGACCUGCGGGACAAGGCCAAGGCCGCGGAGGAGGAAAUGAAGCUCCUUCAGAUGCGUCUUGAUGAGGCCGAGGCGGCCCAGAAGAAAGCCGAUGAGGCUGUUGCUGCUGCCGUCCAAAGGGCCGAGGAAGCGGAGCGGCUCAAGGCUGACGCUGAGAAGGCCGCUGAAGAGGCCGUUGCUGUUUUCAAGGCCGAUGGCUGGAAGGCCGAAGACCAAGUCCCCUUCUGCUACGAAGUGGUGGCCGAGAGGCUCACUGAUUGGGUGACAAAGGACCCCGCCGGCGAGGACUUCUGGAUGAACGAGACGCGAGCUUUCUACAACUGCGGCCAAUAUAGGAUGCAGAGGCUGAUUUACAGGAAGCUUCGUCGUCGCUUCCGGAAGAUGAGGCCGAGGGGCUUGAGUCUACCCCGGCGGAUGAGAAACCCUGAUGAGGACAUGAAGCUCCCCCCGUCGGAGAGGCAACCUCCAAUCCUUAGCUCGGACGAGGGGGAAGCGUCCUGGAGCGAAAGUGAUGAUUAUCUGCUUGAGGGUUCAGCCGAUUCCAAGGCCGAUGAAGAUGAUGAUGCUGAAACCAGUAGUGGUGGCGGGGAGGACGUCGGCCAGAGCAAAGAGCAAGCCGAUGAGGCGGUGUAGUUUUGUAGGCUUUUUUAUUACUUUUGUAAUUUUAUCAUUGAAGUGCGUGUAACGGCCGAAGCGCCCACCUCUUGUAUCUUGUUAUCCAAAAUUAAUGAACUUUUUGCCUUGGAAUGGGUUUAUUGCUUCGUCUUUCA